AUGACGAUACGGAUAUUUGAAGUUGGCAGCUCUCUGAUAGAGAAUACGAUGGAGAAGAUGGGUGACAAUUUGACAUCAAUGAUUCUGGUUACGACUGCGUCCAUCUUGACUUUGGGAUACUUUUCCAAACAUAUCUACAAACAGCUGCAAUCUCCUGACAAAACAUCGAAAUAUCCUCCUCACAUUCCCUCCAGUAUUCCUUUUCUUGGUCACGCCAUAGCCUUUGGGAAAAGCCCGAUCGAGUUUCUCGAAAGUGCCUACGAAAAGUACGGGCCUGUGUUCAGCUUCACCAUGGUGGGGAAUACCUUCACGUACCUCCUGGGAAGCGAUGCAGCCACGUUGAUGUUCAACAGUAAAAACGAGGACCUGAACGCUGAAGAUGUGUACUCUCGACUGACGACACCAGUCUUUGGGAAAGGAGUGGCGUACGACGUGCCUAACCCUAUAUUUCUGGAGCAGAAGAAAAUGCUGAAAACAGGAUUGAAUAUCGCCCAUUUCAAACAGCAUGUGAUGAUAAUUGAGGAGGAGACGAGGGACUACUUCACACGCUGGGGGGACAGUGGAGAAAAGAACCUGUUCGAGGCCCUGUCGGAGCUGAUCAUCCUGACUGCCAGCCGCUGCCUCCACGGGAAGGAGAUCCGCAGCAUGCUGGACGAGAAGGUCGCCCAGCUCUACGCGGACCUGGACGGGGGCUUCAGCCACGCGGCCUGGCUCCUCCCCGGCUGGCUGCCCCUCCCCAGCUUCAGACGAAGGGACAGAGCACAUGUGGAGAUCAAGAACAUCUUCUACAAGGUGAUCCAGCGGCGUCGGGAAUCAGGGGAGAAAGAGGAUGACAUGCUUCAGACCCUUAUGGAUUCCACCUACAAGAAUGGCAAGCCGCUGACAGACAGCGAGAUUGCUGGGAUGCUGAUUGGUUUGCUCCUGGCGGGGCAGCACACCUCCUCCACCACCAGCUCCUGGAUGGGCUUCUUCCUGUCCCGCAACAAGGCGCUGCAGGACCGCUGCUACGCCGAGCAGAAGGCCGUGUGCGGAGAGGGCCUGCCCCCGCUGGAGUACGACCAGCUGAAGGAUCUGACUUUGCUGGAUCGCUGUCUGAAAGAGACCCUGAGACUCCGUCCCCCCAUCAUGACAAUGAUGAGAAUGGCCAGAUCUCCUCAGACAAUUGCUGGGUAUAGCAUCCCAAGUGGACACCAAGUGUGCGUGUCCCCCACGGUCAACCACCGCCUGUCAGACACGUGGAUACAGAGACUGGACUUCGACCCCGACCGCUACCUAGACGAGAACCCGGCGGCAGGGGAGAAAUUUGCCUACGUGCCCUUCGGAGCGGGUCGCCAUCGUUGUAUCGGCGAGAAUUUUGCCUACGUUCAGAUCAAGACCAUCUGGUCCACUAUGCUUCGUCUGUAUGAGUUUGACCUAGUCGAUGGCUACUUCCCCACCGUCAAUUAUACCACAAUGAUCCACACACCCACCAACCCUAUCAUCAGAUACAAGAGUCGGCAGCACUGAGAGUCUGUGACCGGAGGUGAGGAGGGGAUGAUCUGCUGUGCUUUUCAGGUGUAACCCAGUACAGCUUGCUCUGUGAAACCUGCCAUUUUCUGAGUUCCUGCUCGGACACUCUUCAUCGUGAGAUCAAGCACGUCCUCUGGAGAGCUCAAUAUGCAUAAACCACGUUGUCUGUGAUGCAUUCUAACGACUAUGCAUGGACAACACAAAGAUUCCUCAAUGUGACAUUCUUGUUCUUCUCAAUAAUUGCUUUAGAGAUUAUUUUGUCACAUAAGCAUUCAUAUUUCGCGCUUUUCCAAAUUCAGGGUACGUCGGCAAAUUGGAUAGGUUUGAAGCCUCUCUUUAUUCAUACUAGAGCUCUCUGUCCCUUCUUCACCUUGUAUUUCUCCUCUUUGCUUUAUUUGGCUUCAUAAGUGGCUCAAAUGCUUUGCCUCCAACUAGCGUGUAGGCUGCCUUCACUUCUCUAUCCAGAAGGCCUGACACCGUAAUUUCUAUUCUGUGGAUUACCCGAGUUUACUUUGUGUAAGCGUAUCAUGUGGAGAGUACCAACUAGCGAUGCCACAAGAUACAAGAUGGAGUAAAGAAAGACAGUGAUCAAUAUUUAAUUUCUUGAAAUACUGGAGCUCCUGUUUUUCCAGGUUCCUUUUAGGAGACUUUGUGCUAAUUAGCCAAUUCUGAACAAUGUUUUAUUGAGUAGCUGUCGGAAAAAGAAUGUUUAAUGUGGGCAUCUGUAGAUGCAUAUUAUAGCCUUGUGGGCAUUUCCAAUCAGUAAAAUGUACUGUACUAGCCUCAUGGCUCAAUUUUAAAAGGAUGGAUUUUUGCUGUUGCUGGCAGACCACUUUGAAUGUUAAAAAAAGGCAUAAGCAGUGUCCACUUCCAAGACAAGUAGGUUAUUUAGCUGAUGCUACCCAGGCGUUCUCCAUUUGACCUUAUCACUUCAUACAGACAAAUAGCAUGAGGUUUUAGGAAUACCCUGGAAUGCUUUAGAAUAUAUCUUUUUCUUCAGUGAGGAAAUUGAGUAUUUCAAAAUUAUUUUUUAAAAAUACAUAAAAAUGAAAAUACUUGAAUUGAAUUUUGAUGUCAUUCCCCACUCAUCUAUACAGGCUUCUGUAAAGAGAGCUGGAGCUCAAGGAUGUCCAUCCCUGGCACAUUUAUGUUCCCUGUGUAGGUUGUAUCCCUGUAUUGCUGUUGAUUGCCUUGACUUGGUUACACUAAAUAGUAUAAAUAUACUUUUAUUUUGUCAUUACUAAAGAAUGCUGUUAUACCUUUCCUGAUUAAUAAAUACAACAAUGUUGACCGGA